AUGAAUGAAAAUAAGAAGAAAAGUAUUGAUAACGUGGAAAAAACGUUGGCGCAAUUAGCGCACCUGUCGUUAGGUGUUGGAGAUGUGUUUGAAGGACCAUCAUCACAACAACAACCGUCAGUACCUGCUGUCGUUGUGACACAGCUGCCGCCUAAGGCCAAAGAAAUUAAUUUUUUGGUGAGAAAACCAAAAUGCUUCCUUCAGUCUUCAAGGUUCAACAGCUCAAGACAUCCUAAUCAAUAUCGACCAUAUAUGCUUCGAAAACAAAACGCAUCUUCAUCGUGUGCUCAUAACAGUUAUUCACCGCAUGCAUCUGUAAAUAUCGUCAAGAAAUUAUCACACAUCAAAUUGGGCAAAAUUGAAGAUAUUGAAGAACUGAAAUUAUCUCUAUUACUAUCAUUAAACACGAAUAAUAGAUCUACAAGCUCUUGCUCUAUCGAGGCAUCGCGGUAUUCUCCGGUCGAUGAAGGUGUAGCUGGUGAAGUGGCCGAACUUGCCGAAUAUUUUUCUCGAUUCGUUGCAAUGAAGUUGAAAAUGUCACCUCUCGCCGAAAGUAUGUACGUGUAA